CCGGAGCGCCGCGCUUUACGUGCACUGAUCCGGGAUGGAGUACGCUUCCGGACCUUGAAGAAUCCUGGGUUGGAGAAGAGAAGGAUUGAGUUUGGGGGUGCUCAGAUGGGGAAGAGAGGCAGCUGUCUCUCCCCUUUCCCUCCACUGGGGAACUGGAAUCAAAGUGGCCAUACUGUGAAAAGCGCUGCAGUUACUGUAACUUUAACAAGUAUAUCCCCCGAGGGCUGGAUGAAGAUGCUAUGCAGAGAUGCCUUGUGAAGGAGACAACUACCCUCCUGAAACUCAGUGGGGUGCAACGGAUUGACUCUGUGUUCUUUGGUGGGGGGACACCGAGCCUGGCUAGCCCUCACACAGUGGCCACAGUCCUGGAGGCUAUCGCCCAGACUACCCACUUGCCUGCCAAAGCUGAAGUUACUCUAGAAGCCAACCCGACCUCAUCACAGGCAUCAAGGCUGGCUGCCUUCCAAGGGGCAGGUAUCAACAGACUAUCCAUUGGCGUCCAGUCCUUAGAUGAUACAGAACUCCAGCUGCUGGGCAGGACACACUCAGUGUCAGAAGCCUUGAGGACCUUGGAAGAGGCAUGGCGUCUGUUUCCAGGGCGCACAUCUGUGGAUCUCAUGUUUGGCCUCCCAGCGCAGCAGGUGGAACCAUGGCUCAGGCAGCUGCAGGAGCUACUUUCCCUCUGUGAUGACCACAUCUCUCUCUACCAUCUGACCCUGGAGAGAGGCACUCUGCUCUUUGCCCAGGUCCAGCAAGGGACCCUGCCCUCCCCAGACCCAGAAGCUGCAGCUGAGAUGUACCAGGAUGGGCGGGAGGUCCUGAGGGAGGCCGGCUUCCGCCAAUAUGAAGUUUCCAACUUUGCGAGAAAUGAAGCUCUCAGCACCCAUAAUUGGACCUAUUGGCAAGGUGGUCAGUACAUAGGUGUUGGGCCUGGGGCCCAUGGGCGAUUUGUGCCCCAGGGGGAUGGAGGGAGCUUUCGGGAAGCUCGAAUCCAGACAUUGGAACCUGAUAAUUGGAUGAAGGAAGUUUUAAUGUUUGGACAUGGCACCCGGAAACGAGUGUCCCUGAGUGAGCUGGAGCUAUUGGAGGAGGUUUUGGCUCUGGGGUUACGUACAGACAUAGGAAUCACUCACCAGCACUGGCUGUACUUUGAGCCCCACUUGUCCCUGUGGGAUGUGUUUGGGGAAUCUGAGGAAGUGAGGGAGCUCCAGUCACAAGGUCUGUUGCUGCUGGACCACAGCGGGCUUCGGUGUUCCUGGGAAGGGCUGGCUGUGCUGGAUACUAUACUGCUGAGACUCCUUCUCCAGCUCCAGAAUGCCUGGAAAAACAGGCCUCCUCCCACCUUCAAGGUCACUGAGUCAGGAGCUGCCUCCCAGAGCGGGGAUUCAUGCUUCAGGGGAAAGAGAUGUGGAUCAGAAUCUUUUCACCAAUGUGACCCCAGCUCAAGAUACACAAUUCUCUCAGGACGGCGAUCCAAGUCUCCCAGGAAUUCUCCACCUAAUGUCUCUUCAUAAGUUAAGAAUUAAACUAAGUUCUCUAGAAAUAUCUGUCUCUUAAGAAGAAAGUUCUGUUAAUUUUUUCUGUGCCUUUUUCACACACAUAGAAUCUCUUGCUUUGACAGUUAAUUCACUCUAGGUAAAACUGAUUCUUCCUACAAGAUUCUAUUCCCUUUCUCUUAAAAACACAGUAACUUUAAGGUUAUACCUGGAUUUAUACAUAUCUCUUCCAACAACAGAAUAUAAGCUCUGAAAGGGCCAGUUUCACUCUUGUCUUUGUAUUCCCAUGGCCAAGCACAAGGCCUGGCACAAGAGCUUGCUUAAUACACAUCUGUUGCCUGAUUGAAAUAUCUGAAGUAGCAUUCCAACCAUGGUCUUUCUGACUCCAAGUCCAGUGCUCUUUCCACUAAGCCACACUGCCUUUCAUAAAGGCUUUUUGCCAAUAGGGAGGCAAAUAAAGGGAGUGGUAUGGGCAUUUGUAAACUUUAUCAUCUAAUUUUUCCACAGCGUGCAGGAAAAGCAGUCAACUUACUAUUCACCAAAUAUUGUCACCAAGAAAACCAAGCCAAAAAAAAAAAAUUGAAACAAUGUCUUGGACUUCAAUGGACUCAAGUUUAGAAGGAAAAAAUAGGUGGAUAAAACGUUUUUCAUGAAAACACAGGUUUGGUCAAUUUACAUGUCCCCACAAUUCCAAUGUGCCUGUUCACCUGUCCUACUACUUUUCCCUUCCCUUGGCUGCUGUUUUAAAGUUUCCCCUAUCCCAAAGUGGAAUUUUUAUUACAGGGCUAACGCUCUUUCAAUUUUAUACUGAUUAAAUCAGUACUGCAGUAUUUGAUUAACCAAGCUUCUGCAGAAUUUGUGAUUCUUGGACUUUUUUGAUGUAAGAAAUACUU